GGAGCCAGAGCCUGAGAGGACGGAGACAGACACCAGAGAGAGAAAAGAGGAGUUGGUACUUGUGGUAUUCUGGGUCUACACCCUCCCGAGCCCCCCGGGAUGCCGCAAAGUGGACUCCUAAUUUCGCUUUUCCUCCUCAUCUCAACCCACUCCGUGCUCGUUUCCCUCUUUUCAACAAAACAAGCCGUUCCCUCCAAUUCCACCCGCUGUCACUCGUUCCAUUUCCUCCCCUCCCCCCCAAGUCUCUCCCUCUUCCAUUGCCUUGCCUUGCCUUGUUACUCAUCUUCCCAAUCUCGCCAAGGUCUCCUCCUCUUUUUCCCUUGUUCAUUUACCCUCUCCUUUCAAUGUCAUUUACUCGGUGAUAUCCUCUUUUUUUGGCCAGCAAAAGAGAACAACGUGAAGGAGAAAGAACAAGAGGCUUUGUUAAAGCCCAAAUCAACCUGCGAAGAAACUAUUAGGAGGCCUGUUUGUGCCCACAUUCUUUAGGACUCGCCUUGUUUGCCGCACGACCCGAACACGGUCCUGCUUCGACCGACACGCUCGCUCAACCCUCAACAACAUCGUCAUCUAAACCUCCGAUCGACCGAAUCAUUAUUCUCUCGACGGAAACAACUUAUUAAUCGAACUGGGUGGAAUAUCGAGAGGACGCUGCUUGGAUUUCGAACAUCU